UGCGCCCGGGACUCCGCGCUCCGGCGGGCGGCUUUCUCCGGGAACCUCGCCGCCCUGCCUGCUCACCUCGUGCCCGCCGGCCGCAGCGUCCGGGUCUUCAUCAGCGCCAACCCUGAAGACACGGGAGCAGAAAGACAGGCACUAAGAGAAAAUGUGUAUCCUAAAUUGAGAGAAUUCUGCAGAGAAAAUUAUGGAUUAGAAUUUCAGGUCAUAGAUCUGUACUGGGGAGUGGAUGCAGACGACUGGGACAGCCCGGAGCUGCAGAAGACACGCAUGAAGCUGCUGGAGGAUUGUUUGAAAACUUCUGCAGGUCCAUGUUUUGUUGGACUAUUAGGGGAAAAAUAUGGGAACAUCCGGAUCCCCGGAGAAGUGGAGGCCUCAGAGUUUGAGAUGAUUUUGGACGCUGCCAUAGAGGCAAAGCUGGACACCAAGUUACUGGAAGAGUGGUACUGUCGAGAUGAGAACUCGGUGCCAGCAGCUUAUUACCUCAGGCCCAAAUCAGAAAUGCUGAAAGGCAAUAAAAAUGCAAUGCAGCCUUCUGCCCAUGCUGAGAAUGAGAAGACCUGGCAGGAGAUAUCAUAUGAGAUUAAAAAGAUAUUCAAGGCUUCUGUAAAACUGCUACAUGAAAAGGGGAAAAUCAAACACGGCCAAGCUAAGAGGUACCUGUUCUCAGCUAUAGAGGAUGAGUUCGACUUCGCUCUGGGAAAGCAAACUCCGGCGUUCCUGAAGAAGUGUGUCUGCUACAUUAGGAAAAUUGCUAACAUAGAGCGUUUCGUGAAAAUCCCAGAGAUGGGAAAAUACAUGGACAUAACUGGAACAGAACCAAGGAUCAUCCGGGACCCAGAAGCCCAAGAGAAGCUGAUAAAACUCAGGGAUGAAUUUAUUCCUACAAUUGUUGCGUCAUCUAAUCUCAGAGUCUACACGUCGGUUACUCAUUGUGACAUGAAGCUAGGCUACUCCCAGGAAAUAGAAAAUCAUUACAUAGAAGGCCUUGGUAAACAAUUUUAUGAGGACAUGAUUGAUAUAAUUCAGGCAACGGUACAACAGAAUUUUGACACUGAAACUGAUACACUCUACGACGAAAUCCUCCAGCAUUCGUCCUUAUGUAAAACAUAUGCCUCUUUCUACGAGUACAAGUGCGAAUCUCUAACCAUAGUGCAUAAAUACAUUCUUCCAAGCAAAACCGGGUACAUCAACCCGCUUAUCAUAUAUGGUGGACCAUGCACUGGGAAGACACUUCUGCUAGCUGAAGUAGCAAAGAAGGCUUAUGGCUGGCUACAUGAACACACAGGACCAGAAUCGGACCCAGUCAUAGUCGUGCGAUUUCUAGGAAGCACAGACAUGAGUACUGACCUCAGGACUCUCCUCCUAAGUGUUUGUGAACAGUUGGCAGUUAACUACCGGUGCCUGGUUCAAAGCUACCCCAAGAAGAUUCAUGACCUCCGUGACUUAUUUAUAAACCUUUUGAAUGAGUCUUCAUUGCAGAGACCUCUAGUAAUCAUAUUUGAUGCCCUGGAGCAGCUCUCAGAGACUGACGAGGCCAGGAAGCUUUGGUGGCUCCCUGCUCACCUUCCCCGCUUCGUCCGGAUAGUCCUCUCCACACUGCCCAACAAGCAUGGGAUCCUGCAGAAACUAAGGUGCCUUAUCCACGAAGAACACAAUUACAUCGAGUUGAUUCCCCGGGACAGGAAGAUGUGCAGCCAGGUCCUCAAACACCAGCUGCUGCGCGUCAAAAGGAAGGUCACGUCGGGCCAGCAGAUUUACGUGAACAGCGCUCUCUCCAAGUGCACGCUGCCCAUGUUCGUGAACCUGACCUUCAAGGAGGUGAGACACUGGCGAUCUCACAAAGAUGUCGAUGAAUCCUCCCUCUCUGUCACCGUUCACGAGAGUAUAGAGCAGCUGUUCUGGUCCUUGGAGAAGAAAUGUGGUCAGAAACUGGUCUCCAGGGCUCUCGGUUACAUCACCAUGGCCAAAACGGGUUUGAGUGAAAUGGAACUGGAGGAUGUGUUGGCCCUGGACAACAGCGUUAUGAACGAGCUCACUGAGAACACCAGGCCCAGCAAUCCCCUGAGAGUACCUUAUCUGUACAUCGCGAGGCUCAAGGAGGGUCUCAGUGGGUACUUAAUAGAGAGACACGUGAAGAACGCCACGCUCCUGGUCUGGGCCAAUAGACACCUGCAGCUCAUAGCCCAGAAGCUGUACCUGAAGGAUGACAGUGACCUGCAUGAGAUGCACACCAUCCUGGCAGAUUAUUUCCUGGGGGUCUGGUCAGGAGGCAGGAGGAAAGCUUUCUGCCUCGAAGACCCCUACUUGAAUGGCUGCCUUGACUUGGAAAGCAGAAGCCUGCUUGACGAAGAAAAGCACUUCAUGGAGCAGGCUUCUUUUGACAGACAGGCCCCAGACCAGCCCUGGGUUUUCCAGUGCAAUCCGCUGGAGCCUGACAUUUUUUUUGUCAAUCAUCGGAAAAUGUGUGAGCUCUUGUACCACCUGACCAGGUGUGGGAAAACCGAUGACCUGCUCUACGGCAUCAUCAUGAACUUCAGCUGGCUUUACACCAUGAUCAAAAUUGGCCAGUUCGACAAAGUGCUUUCAGACAUCGAGCUGGCUUACAACUGCUCUCAAGAGAAGGAGCUGAAGUUCCUGGCCAGCACCCUGCGCAGCAUCAAAAACAAGGUCAUCGCGUUUCCCGGGUCCCUUUCAGCAGAGCUCCAACAAAGGCUGCUGCCUGUCGUGAGUUCCCUGCCCAAGCUGAGGCACCUUCUUCUAGAGUGUGACAAAGACGGGCCCAAAUAUUGCUCCAUUGUGCCACUACAUUCAUCCAUGGACGUGACAUAUAGCCCUGAGCGUCUUCCCUUGUCAUCUAGUCACCUGCAUGUCACCGAGAUUCUGCCUACCUGUAACCCCAGUACCGUCCUCACAGCUUUAGAAAACGGUUCUAUCAGCACAUGGGAUGUGGAAACUCGCCAGCUACUCAGGCAGAUCACAACAGCCCAGUCUGUCAUCCUGGGCAUGAAACUCACCAGUGAUGAAAAGUAUCUUGUGGUGGCUACGACCAAUAACACCCUGUUGAUUUAUGACAAUAUAAAUUCUUGUCUCCUGUCUGAAGUGGAAAUCAAAGGGACCAAGCAUGGAAGUGGCUCCACCUACAUCAAUGGAUUUACGCUGUCCGUCAGCCAUGCCCUGGCAUGGCUCGAAGCCAGCAAAGAUGUCACUGUCAUCGAUAUGCUCUAUGGAUGGCCCCUUUACCAGUUCCACUGCUGGUACGAAGUGACGUGUGUCCAGUGCUCUCUGGACGGGAUAUAUGCUUUCUGUGGACAGUACCUGAACACCACCACCAUCUUUCACUUAGGGAGUGGAGAAAAGUUAUGUACAGUGUCAUCUGAGUUUUCAGGUGGGUUUGUGAAGUUUCUCCUUAUCUUGGACACGGCUCAAGAAAUGGUCAUGGUGGACAGUGAGGGAAGCCUUUCUGUGUGGAAUACCGAGGACAUUUCCAACCCCCAGCUGACCGAUGACUUUGACUGCCGGAGAGAGGACAGCGAGGUGCUCAGCAUUGAACUGUCCGAGGACCAGAGUGCGGUUCUGGUCUGCAAAGCCCUCAGCAUUGAGCUCUUAGACACCGGCCUGUGGAAGGUGGCUGAGAAGUUCAGAGCGAAGCACAACGAACGCUUUAUAUCUGCCGUGCUCUCCAAAAACGGAGACUGCAUCAUCGCGACCAUGGAAGAUACCUCCGCCGUGUUCUUCUGGAGGCGGGACACGGGACAGUGUAUGGCGAGCUUACAGGAAAUCUCAGGUACCAUCGUCAAGCUGGUGAAAUCCAGGCACCACAAUAUGCUGUUCUCCCUAUCAACCAGCGGUGUCCUGUCUGUUUGGGACGUAGACAUAAUCACAGCUAUGUCCAACAUUGAUAAGACGGGAAAACCCAUCCAGAGUCUGGUGUUACCUGCCAGAGGGGAGAUCAUCUAUUCCCUCGACGGCUCCGAUUGUGUUCAUAAGUGGAACUUCAGCAGCGGGUUCAUCGAGGCCGUAUUUAAACACGAAGGGAUAGUUGAACACUGCGUGCUGACGUCCUCGGGGGACAUCAUGGUGACCUCGGAUGACAAGAGCAGCCAGUACGUCUGGCGCACGAGCAGUGGGGAGAACCUCUUCCGCAUCAAUGGGCAGAGAAUAUCCCAGCUGCUGAUUACCCACAACGACCAGUUUGUGGUGUCUCUGUGCGAGGAGAACGCCUCCAGGGUGUGGAGGCUGGCCACGGGCCACAGGGUCUGCAACAUCCUGACCACACUGCAGAACGCCUUCAUCACCUCCGCCAACACCUUCGUGGUGGGCAUGACCAAGAGCAAGGUGCUGGCCGUCAGCCUGUGGACCGGAAGCAUCACCAAGAAGUUUUGCUGUGAGGACGGCACCACCAUCGUGAAUUUCAAGCUGAUCCCCGACUGUCCCGACAUCAUCGUGUUUAUCACGUCGGCCGAGACGGUGAACAUCUGGAGCCUGACGGACGAAGUGAUCUGUCGCCGUGUGCAGCUUCCAAGCAACUUUCUGAAGAACCUGGAGGAUUUUGAAAUUUCUCCCAACGGGAAGCUAGGCAUUAUCGCCCGGGGAGAUGAGAACAUCAACGUGCUGGAUUUACACAGCGGGAAGCUGCGGGUGGUCCACGCCUCCGGGGUCAUCUGGCGGCAGAGGCUGUCUCGAGAUGGCCGCUACCUGGUGUACAUCUGUUUCCGCAGCGGGGAAGAUGAGGGGGAGAACGGCGCCGUGUCCAGUUUAAUCGUCAUGAGACUCGCCGACGGCAAAAACAUCGGCGCUUGUUCCCUUUACAAAACACCGACUUUUCUCGCCCUCUCCCAGAGGCACCUGAACAUCGUCGUGGGUUUCGACGACGGCAGCAUCGGGAUAUACACGGUGGUGGACCGUGUGGACGCCGCCCUGAAGAUCAAAAUCGCUACUUCGAACAGCAGGCAGAUAUUCAACAGCGCGACGCAGGCGUCCCGGGCCAAGUGCAGCAGCUACUGUUUCAAAGUGUCUGUGGAUUGCUUGUGGAGGGAGUCCACCGAGGUCUUUGCAAGAGACAGUCCCAUCACAGUGAGCGACCCCGCCGAGCCCAACGAGGCCACGCCUUCCAAGAAACACAAUUCUUGCUAUGACCGGGUGUGCUCUGCCCUGGAGCCCCGGGGCCACAGCUACGGCCCUGACAACUGACAAAAUCGUUUAUCCUGCUCACCGGAAACACAUGAUACGCAUACACAGGAGCGGCGGGGAGUGUCUUCUAUAUCCCAAGCGAUAAACAACUCAUUUCUUAAAAGACAGGAAAGAUGCCGGUUACAGUGUUAAUUAUUCACAUGCUCAUGAAAUGUACAGAAAUGUGACACUGGUUUUGGGUUUGGUCUUUCUGUCCAAGUUUACCCAGGAGUGAAGUCUUGAGGCUUUUCUAGAGAAUUUGUAGAAAUCGUAUUUAAGUGGCUACAUCAACUGGGGGAUGGGAGGUGGCUUUAAAACUGUUGGGGAGAGAAGCAGCGUGACUCAAAGCGUUGGUUCAGAUGAGAGAGGCUAGAGACCACUGGGACUGGAACCGGUCUUAGAGAAACCUGUUGAGAUCAUGAACACGCAGAGCUGUUUGCGUUCAAGUGAUUGUGUGGCCAUUAGUAAACACAGCCUUAAUCCCUCCUUACAUUUUACAAUCCUGACAACUGUAUGAACCCAGUCUGCAGAAGGAAGGCCUAUCUGUGCAGAAUCAUGUAACAAAAAUGCCCAGACGGACUCCCAGCUUCCCAAGAGAAAGGAGGUGAAACGUGAGGCCACAAACGGGACCGGGGCAAGAACUGACCACUGUCAUAGGGCUACUGAACACACAGCUGGUCUUCAUGAAAAUACAGUUGAGACAAUUGCAUGCCAGGGUUUCUGCAUAAGGGAACAUACGAUUUUUAAAGCUAUUUCCUGGGCUUCAAAAGAACACAUUUAAUAAGGAACCACCGUCUUCUCAUGUCCUUUUGCAAAGCCCCUUUGUGCCGGGCGGCGCCGCGAAGAAUUUCAGGAAGGGCAUUACAGAUCUGGUCUGAACACCUGUUCCUUUCUAUCAUCGCUCUGUGCUGUUCGGUCAGUUUUACGGAAGCAUAAAUGAUUUCCUAAAUCCCUGCAGUGAAUCUUAAUAGAAGGAACGCUCUCUUGACACGCCAUCUAUGAAACACCGAUGACAUCUGCCUUACUCUCAUUUCUUCUCUUUCUGUGGAAAAUGCAGAUAGGUGACCAAAUACUCUGGGACAAACUGAAGACGCCUGUCUUUGUGCUAAGAUAUUCCAUAAACCUUAGGGGUGUCCAAGGGUUCUUUACUGUCCCUGUUUGGAAUCCCUUUCUUACUCCCACACACUGUACGUAGGCUUCUUUAUCUGUGACCCUUCCUGCUCGAGGACUCUGCGGAGACUUUUCUAGUCUUCUCCAGUUCAGAGCAAAAGCUGUGAAAUGAUGUAGUCAACCUUUUUUAAAAACGACUUCACCUAUUUAAAAGAAAAUAUCACACCCCGAAAGGGGAGCGUGAUUUUCUUCACGUGGCAUGUCUGUGGAUGACUUUCCAAAGGGUGUCGGCAGUGGUGGUUUGCUUUGGUUUUAUCGGACGGGGGCAGUUGUGACUUGAGUAGCAGAAUAGUGAAGCGGGAACUGACUCGCUCUUGGUCCAGCUCUGCCGUGAACUCAUCACAUACCCGUAGGCAGAUCUUUCACCUCCCUGCGGUAUUUUUUUUUGUAAAGUGCAAAAUAAAGAUUGUGGAGGCAUCUGCUGUAGCCCUCACAGGGCUGUUGGGGAGUGAUGAAAGAAAAAAAUACAGUGACACCUUAAUUAUUGAAGCUAAUGGGAGAAAAAGUGAUCGAACCUAUACGGUCUCCAAGUCAGUUGUAUUUCACUUUGGAAAGAGAUGUAAUUCAGAUAGGAACACCCCACUCCAUGGUGAAAGGAUUUUUUUCAGUAGUCCCUCCUGGUCUGGCUCCCAGCCAGGGAGGUAGCAGCCCAGAGAAGGCCCAGCCCUCGUGCAGAUCACCUGGAAUUCGUUGUAUGAGUCGAUGCUUUUUUUUAGCACUUCAGAGGCAACACAUCUUAUACUUCUCAUUAUCAGUGGGGCCUCCAGGCCACACAUUUCUAAGAAUUCAAUGCCUAGAUGGAGUAAAUGUAGUGUGUGAAUGUUCUAUGUAACAGCCAAUAGAGUUUAACAAGUGACUUGAAUGAUUUUUCCUAACUUGUUUGCAAACUGAUAGCUCAUACUGAAUGUUUUUAUGUAAACUUUGUAUUGUUGGGAAGAAUUACCCAAUCAGAGAUUUAUAUUUUCAUAAAUGUUACAUUUAGUUAAAUUUUGUUACAGAGUUGUUACACUAGAAAAUUAUUGCAGUCUUCAAACAAUAUACAGUCUUGUGUAUGUAUUGUUUGUAUGAAUAAAAGAUAAAC